AAACCUAAAACCUUGAAGUAAACACUUGUGUUGAGUAAUUAUGUCACAGCAGCCAUUAACAAUAAGUUGUUUAAAGUGUACUGUUUAAGCUGUAAGGCAUUUGUGUUACAAUGACAUGUUUGCGCAGUCGUAAUAUUGAUUUUUAUAAUGUUGUACAUUGUUCAAGUCAUACAAGCUGUUAUAAAUGUUCAUACUUGAAUUCUUAUUGUCGACAAUAAAUUUUUAUGCACUCAAUGUUUAGACUGCAUGUACAAUUGUUUGUUAAAUUCAAAGCUGGUAAAUAAAUCAACGAGAAAUGGUUAAUUUGUAUUUCGUACAUUGAUUCAGAUUUUCAAUUAUAUAACAGUCCGCUUGGGCGAAUUAAUCGUCAUUUAUCGAUUCGUUAUCGAGGUGAAUCUGCUCAAUUUACCAUAAUACGUACUUAAGGCCAUAUCGCCCAGCCGUACUUCGCAUCAGUCCCGGAAAAGGCGGAAGAGGAAGUACUGUAAAUUAGUGCUGCAACGUUUAAUUGAGUAACUGGAGUAUUCGAUUAGAAAAAAAGAUUCGGAGUAAAUUUUGUUGCUUCGAGUAUCCGUUUAAUUAAAGUGUAAUGGUUUAUUUUGAAAGUGUUUGCAUUUAGUUUUAUUGAUUUGGUUGGAUACACUGCCCUCUGGUCUGCCUCAUUUCACAUGGGUGAAUCCAGCUGCUCCCUGUUAAGACCAAUAUAAGCAAAGUAUGUGUUUGAGCUAAUGUUUUUUUAAUGCAUUCGUAAUUUAAUUUAUAAGUAUAUUUAGCCGUUGUUUGUGGGAAUAUGUGUCUGAACCAUUUGUUCAGAGCAUUGUAAAAAAAUAUUUUUGCAUUUUAUAGCAUUAAAGCUAGUGGACUUUUGCUAUGAAAGUUAGCCAAUUGUACUAUAGAGCCUCAUUUAUUUUUCUUUUUAUACCGUUUGAAUUCAACUCAGGUAUUUUAAUUUUUCAUGUUCCUUAUCCGAUUACUCGAUUAUUUGAACUAACUAGUUCAUCGAUUAAUCGACUCCUAAAAUAAUUGAUAGCUGCAGCCCUACUGUAAACAGUACUGUACUGUAACAUGUUUGGAACUUUUUGUUAAAAAAAACUUUUUUUACGGUAUCGGAUCUGGAGUUUUCUUCCAUUUUUAAUGCCUGCUGUGAAAAAAGAUACUUCAAUCCCACAAAAAUAGUAGUGGGCUCAAUUGUUUGCUAUGUACUGUCCUCGACUUAAAGUUCUGUAAAUUUGACCUGUUGUACUUUUCAUUGUCACAAAUUCAUUAAUAUUUCCUCUGCACAUUCUCUUCCUUAUGUUGAUCUGCCCGCUUUGCUUUGAGAAGGAAGGCAGGCAUUCUGCCUAGCCUGGAGGAUCUCCUCUUCUACACUAUAGCUGAAGGCCAAGAGAAGAUCCCAGCACACAAAUUCACCACAGCUCUCAAAGCCACGGGGCUUCGAACAGGAGACCCCCGGCUAAAAGAAUGUAUGGAAAUGCUGAAGGUGACAAUGAAAACAACCUCAGACGGAGCCCUGGAUAGACAUCUCUUCAAGAAAUGUGUGCAGAGCAACAUUGUGCUGCUCACUCAAGCUUUUCGAAAGAAAUUUGUUAUCCCGGACUUCCAACCUUUUUGCCGCCACAUGGACGAGCUCUACGAGAAUGCAAAGAACAUGUCCGGAGGGCAGGUGGCUGACUACAUUCCCCAACUGGCUCGCUUCAGCCCAGACUUGUGGGCCGUCUCCCUCUGCACUGUGGACGGUCAGAGGCACACGAUAGGUGACACCAAGGUGCCCUUCUGUCUGCAGUCUUGUGUUAAGCCGCUGAAAUACGCCAUCGCUGUUCACGACCACGGCACUGAGUAUGUGCACCGAUUUAUCGGCAAAGAGCCCAGUGGCCUGCGCUUCAACAAGCUCUUCUUGAAUGAGGAUGACAAACCACACAACCCCAUGGUGAAUGCCGGCGCCAUCGUGUGCACCUCUCUUAUCAAGCAAGGAGCCAGCAAUGCUGAGAAGUUUGACUACGUCAUGAACUUCAUGAACAAGCUGGCAGGAAACGAGUACGUCGGCUUCAGCAACGCCACGUUCCAGUCGGAGCGGGAAUCUGGAGACAGAAACUUUGCCAUCGGAUACUACUUGAAGGAAAAGAAGUGUUUUCCCGAGGGAACAGACAUGACGUCCAUCUUGGAUUUCUACUUCCAGUUGUGCUCCAUUGAGGUGACCUGUGAGAGCGCCAGUGUCAUGGCGGCAACCCUUGCCAACGGUGGCUUCUGUCCCAUCACAGGAGAGCGUGUGCUGAGCCCAGAAGCAGUGCGCAACACCCUCAGCCUAAUGCACUCUUGUGGAAUGUAUGAUUUCUCUGGACAGUUCGCCUUUCAUGUGGGACUCCCGGCAAAAUCUGGCGUCGCAGGCGGAAUCUUGCUUGUUGUUCCAAACGUCAUGGGUGUCAUGUGUUGGUCUCCUCCUCUCGAUAAACUGGGCAACAGUGUGCGAGGCAUCCAGUUCUGCACGGACCUGGUUUCUCUAUUCAACUUUCACAACUAUGAUAAUCUGAGACACUUUGCCAAGAAACUGGAUCCUCGUAGGGAGGGAGGAGACCAGAGGGUGAAGUCUGUGAUCAAUCUGUUGUUUGCUGCUUACACAGGAGACGUGUCAGCUCUGAGGAGGUUUGCCUUGUCCUCCAUGGAUAUGGAGCAGCGGGACUACGACUCCAGGACAGCGCUGCAUGUGGCAGCCGCUGAAGGCCAUGCUGAGGUGGUUCGCUUUUUGCUCGAGGCCUGUAAGGUGAACCCGGUCCCCAGAGACAGGUGGGGCAACACACCGAUGGACGAGGCGGUUCACUUCGGCCACCACGAUGUGGUCACCAUCCUACGCGAUUACCACAAUCUGUACAGUCCUCAGGAGACUCCAGCAGCAAAGGAGAAUGCAGAGAAGAACCUAGAUAGCAUGUUGUAACAUGACGAGACGGAAUAUCAGCACUCCAAAGCAUGUUGCACAGAACUUUAUUUAGGUUUGUUCUGAUGACAGCAAAUGUUGGCACUGGAGAAAAAGCUCUUAAUCGUGUUGUUGUUGUUAGCUGGUGUUGUACUACUGUCUAUGUACCUUGGAAUAGUUUUACUGUAUUUUUUUCCCAUCAGCUUUACUUUUGUAGUAUCUUCUAGAAUGUUACCAGCCAAAAGCUGAAUGCUGGCUUCAUUUAGUGUCAGCUGGUUCACUGUUUUUUUUCAGACAAGUGUAGUAGACCUUACCUCUGUAUUGCAUUUGAAACAUCGCUACCUGCUGGAAUGUAACUCCGAACACUUGGUGUGUUUGUGUUAUUUAUUAAUGUAUUUAAAGAUAAAAGUUGUGUGUGUGUGUGUUUUAAAAUAGUUCUAUAGUGGUUAUCCAUGUUGCACUGUGGUGGAUUAAGCCUUGAACAAGUCGCCAUUCCCGAUUUUCUGACCGUAAAAUGUGUUUGCUGUUUACAUUCACCACGUUUUUAUUUUUAUUACUGGCUAUUUAAUCUGUAAAACCUGGUGUAACAAAUGUCAACAAUGAGCCAAAGUUCAGGUCGUUUUUAGUGACAGUACAAC